GUUGAAUCGCCUGCUUGUUGUUCCCCGGAGCUCCGCGGCAGAAGAAGUUGUCUCCGACCAGCAGCGGCUCUAGCACAAACCAGUCUGGAUAUCUGGCGCCGUUUUUUCGGCUUUUCUUCACCCCGAGGAGCUCUGAGGAUGAGGCGGUGAACUGGAUGUCAAAGAACCGAGCUAGCUUCUCACAUUGCGGCUCGUGCUCCGGGUUGUGUUGGGAACAAACAGCGGGGGAAGGACACACACAAACCCAGAGAUGGUUCACUUUCCGCGGGUAACCUAACUGCUGCUGGUGCUGCUUUAAAAAAUCUGAACAGAGAGAAGAAGAAGGUUAAGGUUAAAGUUCUUGUUGGAGCCUCACCAUGCCGGACCAAAUCACUGUUUCAGAGUUUGUCGCAGAGACAAAUGAAGACUAUAAAUCUCCGACUGCCUCUUAUUUCACCACCAGGAUGUCCCACUGCAGGAACACAGUGGCUGCUCUGGAGGAGGCUCUGGAUGUAGAUCGCAGCGUUCUCUACAAGAUGAAGAAGUCUGUGAAGGCCAUCUACGCUUCUGGUCUGGCCCACGUUGAGAACGAGGAGCAGUACACUCAGGCUCUGGAGAAGUUUGGGGAAAACUGUGUUUACAGAGAUGAUCCAGACCUGGGUUCAGCCUUUCUCAAGUUCUCCGUCUUCACCAAGGAGCUGACUUCGCUUUUCAAAAACCUUUUCCAGAACAUGAACAACAUCAUCACCUUCCCCCUGGACAGCCUGCUGAAAGGAGACCUGAAGGGAGUUAAAGGGGACCUGAAAAAGCCAUUUGACAAAGCCUGGAAGGACUACGAGACCAAAGUGACCAAGAUCGAGAAGGAGAAGAAGGAACACGCCCGGCAGCACGGGAUGAUCCGGACGGAAAUCAGCGGGGCUGAAAUAGCAGAGGAGAUGGAGAAGGAGAGAAGGUUCUUCCAGCUUCAGAUGUGUGAGUAUCUCCUCAAAGUCAAUGAGAUCAAAAUCAAGAAGGGGGUGGACCUGCUGCAGAACCUCAUCAAGUACUUCCACGCACAGUGCAAUUUCUUUCAGGAUGGCCUGAAAGCCGUGGAGAACCUGAAACCGUCCAUAGAGAAGCUGGCUACAGAUCUGCACACCAUCAAGCAGGCGCAGGAUGAGGAGAGGAAGCAGUUAACUCAGCUGAGAGAUGUUCUAAAAACGGCUCUACAGGUGGAGCAGAAGGAGGAUUCCCAGGUGCGGCAGAGCACGACGUACAGCCUGCACCAGCCGCAGGGCAACAAGGAGCACGGCACUGAGCGGAGUGGCUUCCUGUUCAAGAAAAGUGACGGGUUGAGAAAAGUCUGGCAGAAGAGAAAAUGCACGGCUAAAAACGGAUACCUUACCAUCUCACACGGCACCGCGAACAGACCGCCAGCUAAACUCAACCUGCUGACCUGCCAGGUGAAACACAAUCCGGAGGAGAAGAGAAGCUUCGACCUCAUUUCACAUGACCGAACAUAUCAUUUUCAAGCCGAGGACGACCAGGACUGUCAGAUCUGGAUCUCAGUUCUGCAGAACAGUAAAGAGGAGGCUCUGAAUCAGGCGUUUAAGGGGGACCACCAUGUUGGCGAAAACAACAUCGUACAGGAGCUGACAAAGGCCAUCCUGGGGGAGGUGAAAAGGAUGACGGGAAACGACGUGUGCUGCGACUGCGGAGCCCCCAGUCCAACAUGGCUGUCCACCAACCUGGGCAUCCUCACCUGCAUUGAAUGUUCAGGCAUCCACAGGGAGCUCGGGGUCCACUACUCGCGGAUCCAGUCCCUCACCCUGGAUGUACUCAGCACCUCAGAGCUCUUGCUGGCCAAGAACGUGGGGAAUGCAGGUUUUAAUGAAAUCAUGGAAGCUUGUUUAAAUGCUGAGAACGUUGUGAAACCAAACCCAGCGAGUGACAUGCAAACCAGGAAAGACUUCAUCACGUCCAAAUACAUCGAGAAACGGUUCGCCAGGAGGAAGUGUCCCGACACGGCGUCGAGGCUCCACACGCUGUGCGAGGCGGUGAAGGCUCGAGACAUCUUCUCACUCAUCCAGGUCUACGCCGAGGGGGUGGACCUGAUGGAGCCCAUUCCGCUCGCCAAUGGACAUGAACAAGGAGAGACGGCCCUUCAUCUGGCUGUCAGGCUGGUUGACAGAACCUCUCUUCACAUCGUCGACUUUCUCACCCAGAACAGUUUGAAUUUGGACAAGCAGACGACCAAAGGCAGCACAGCGCUGCACUACUGCUGCCUGACCGACAACAGCGAAUGUCUGAAGCUGCUGCUGCGAGGAAAGGCCUCCAUCGAUAUCGCCAACGAAGCCGGGGAGACGCCGCUGGAUAUUGCAAGGAGGCUCAAACACGCCCAGUGCGAGGAGCUGCUUAACCAGGCUCUGGCAGGGAAGUUCAACGCCCAUGUCCACGUUGAGUAUGAGUGGCGCCUGAAACACGAGGACCUGGAUGAGAGCGACGAGGAUCUGGAUGAGAAGCCAAGCCCUCAUCGACGAGACGACCGUCCCGUCAGCUGUUAUGCACCCAGCAGUAACUCCCACCUACAGUCAGGUCCGGGAACGGCAGGACGGGACGGCGUGGGCCUCGGCAAAGACAAGCACCGCCUCUUUAUGCCCAGCCUGGUUAACAACGAGACUUACGGCACCAUCCUGAACUCGGGCUCCCCUCAGCCGGGCUCCAACUCUGCUCCACCUCUACCCCCGAGGAACCUGGUUCAGUUUUCCUCUCUGGGAGGAAUCGGUCAGUCUCCUUCCUCCAGUACCUGGAAACCAGGUUCUUUAGAUCUGGUCGGCCGACAGCGAUCGUCCUCAGACCCUCCCAACAUGCACCCCCCCAUCCCCCCAUUGAGGCUCACUUCUACUGGAGGUCUGGCUAACGCCCCUGGAGCCAAGAUGGAAGCCGUGAGCCUUCAGUCCAAGUCAGGUCUGGGUCCGUUAGGGACCCGGUCCGUGCCUCCAAAAUCUCCUGCUGGCAAUGAUAAAAGCUUCAGCCGAGGAUUCCUGAACCGAAGUGAAUCUAUAGAGCGAGCAGCUAAGGAAGUGCCAGGAUGUCCCCAGAACUCGGGGCCUCCGGGCCCCACGUCCAGGAAGGCCUACCCUAAGCAGAGACCGAAGCGGGUGAAAGCCAUGUACAACUGCGUAGCCGACAACCCAGACGAGCUGACGUUCUCUGAGGGGGAUGUGAUCGUGGUGGAUGGAGAGGAGGACCAGGAGUGGUGGCUGGGCCACAUCGAAGGAGAUCCGAUGAGACGAGGCGCCUUCCCCGUCACAUUCGUUCACUUCAUCACCGAAUGACGAAGCACUGCGGUUCUCUGGAAGGCGUCGUGAGAUUCUUCUCGCCAUCUUCACUGCAGCAGUGCUGCCUUCCACAGAGGACCCAUGGGGGGGGGGUGUUCAGCUCCUAAAACUAAAGAAAACAACGAUUUGGCACUAAAUCGACUGCUCUUGUCGUAAACCGUGUUCCAACAUAAUGAAGGUCACAUAAACAGUGUUUGUUUCAUCUGUUUUAACAAACCUCCAGCUCUAAAUGUGAACUUAGAAAAUAUGCUUACAUUCCACGUAUGUGCAUGAGCUCUGUUCUGUAGAUACAGUUUUUGUAGAUGUUUAGGGUUCCUCCUGAGUGGAGGAGGUGCUAACGGUGCUAAAUGAACCUCAGAGGAGCAGAAGCCUCCAUCCCAUCGCAGCAGGAGGACCAAACCUUUAAUCUGAUGUUUGGGAUGAAUUUAUGCUGCUCCUUCUUCUCUAAACACUUUUCCAGAACUCAUUGGUUUUAGUUUAGUGUAGGGAGUCUAGUAGACAUUGGGCUGGUCGCACUGAAACUUAUCAGAACCAUCGAACCAGAAAACAGAAAAGCAAUAAUUAAACCAACUGCUGUGAAGUUGAUUAUUAGGCUCCUCAUCACACCAUCUGAUCAAUAUGUUUAUUUUCCUUUAUACAGAAACAGCAGCAUGUCGUUUUAAUCUAAACUAGAUGUUUUUUUUCCUCAGAGUAAAGGAUAAACAAAUUGAAGCCAUCUUUAAAUUAAAAAAACAAACUUUAAUCAAAUUCCAUCUUUAGUUUGGAUUUGGCCCAUUUCACUUUUCUUUCUAACCAAAUUAAUUCCAAUUUCUUAAUUAUUAUUAUUUUUUUUUUGAAUAAGGAAAAGUUUUUUUCUUUAAUCUUAUAACUGAGUUUUAAAGUUUAGAGCAAUCAGGCUGAGUCUGCUUUAUUUUAGCUUCUGAUUGACAGAUAAUCGACCAAAGGAAGGAUUCCUUUAAAUAAACAGAACCUCCUGUUAGUCUCAUACCAGCAACGUUAGCUAGUCAAAGUGUUUAACGCUCUGCUAAAUGUAAGUUAGGGCAGUAAUAGGAAAAUCAUUCUGGUUAAAUAACGCUUCUUUUAAUCUGUGCUCAUGCUGCCCGCUGGUUAAACGGCGCCCUGGGAGGAGAGCCGUACUGCUAUCCCCCACUGUUAGCUGGUUUUCGUCGACAUUUUUAUCACCCUUAGCGACACCAUUUUAAAUUAACAUCGGGCUGUUUGUGUUUUUCACUACUAGAACGGUCCAGUAGCCUUCUCCGAGCCAGCUGAGCAGCAGUAGGCAGCAAUAGGUGGGGGAGGGACCAAGCUAAACUACUUCCUGCUUCACACAGAUGGUGCUUCUCAUUUAAAGGACUUAAAACUGUAGAAUUGUGAUUGAAAAUCUGAGCCGUUUUGAACAUUAACCCAGCCCAUCAUCCAUCCACGCCUGUUGCUAGGCAACGCUCCGUCUUCAGGUCUGACUCUCAGUCAAGCUGCUCGUUACGAUCUCAGCGAGUUUCUGAUGUUUGCAUCGGUGCUGAGGCGACAUCUGCACAGAAUAAGCUGCAAGUGAAAAGAAUUUAGAGAUUUAGAGAAAAUGUGAAGAAAGUUGCAGUAACUGCCGCGUUUGGGAAGCUGAGAGGUAGAAAGAUGCUUUUAAUAAUCCAGCUUAAUUAACUUCAUUGCAGUUACAGAGAAUCUGUGUUUAUAUUGAGGUGAAAUGGGAGCAUUUCAUGGAUUUGUUGAAGACAAGAAGAGAAGCUGCCUCUUGUGUAAAACUCACUGGAAACAGGAUGUCGUCGCCUAUUUAUGUAAAUACAUAUGGAGUUUUUGUUUGUAUUUAAAAAGGUCAGAGCACGAAAUGUGAUUAAAGUGAACUGAGGUGAUGAGCAGCUGGAAAUGCAGACGCUCAUGAACCUGACUCCUGAAGUGUGGAAGGGAAAGAGAAAAUACAACUGGAAGAAAAAUAAAUUAUGAGAUGAUGUCUCUGUGG